GCGAUCUGCAACGAUGGCCCCGUUGAGGACAUCACCACCCUUCUCACCCUCAAAGCGUCGCUCUUCAUUCUCGCUCUGUCUGUCCCUCCACUCUUUACUCGUUUUUCUGACACAUCUGACAGUCAUGUUCAGUGUCCACGCGCCGACGCUCCUUUGUCCCCAAGAAUUACACCUUCGCGCCCAAUGUGACGCCGAUCAGCUACCCAUCGGACCCUGCCUCUCCUUCCUCGAAUGCACGCUCGAGCUCGAGUCCCAAACCUGAAGGAUCUGAUGCUGAUACUAAGGAGGCUGAUGAGCUGGCUGCACUGGCAGCUGCCACGGCGUCAACUCAAGCCCCAUCACGGCCGCGCCGGCGCGGCGGGCGGAAGGACAGCGUAGAUCACAUUCCCCGUCCUCCGAAUGCCUUCAUGCUCUUUCGACAGAACUUUGUUCAUCAGCGACAUGUCCCAGGCUCAAUUGAGACGAGCCACAACUCUUUGAGCAAGAUUGUCGGGAAUUGUUGGAAGUCUCUUCCGAGCAAGGAUAAGAAGGUCUGGGAGGCUCUUGCAGAAAAGAAGAAAGAGGAGCACAAAAUCCAAUACCCGCACUAUCGCUUCCAACCAAAACAUGAUCCAGAGAAGAAGCGUAAGCGCCAGGCGGUACGAGCUGCAGCAGAGAAAGCCGAACGCGAGCGCUUGUUGCGUGAGCAUGGCACUGACCAAUCGACGCCCCAAGACACAAACCCGGACAAGUUACAGCUUCAGGAAGCGAAUCAUGACCAAGAGAAAGAGCGCGCAAUGGCCAGCCGUCGCCAGCAAGUCUGUGCGAUGCACAACCACCUUGGACAUCGUCGCUCGAGUUCCGUUCCUCUUCCUUCGGAAUCGUACCCUGGAUAUCCGUAUACCAGUGAUUUCGGCGGACCAUUUGCUCAGGGUGCGCCAGCCGACCCAUUCAACUUCGCGAAUCCUGCUCUUGCACAAGCCCCGCCUGCGAAUUCCAAUGCUCCCACGUCGAAUGGCAUCACGAUUCCAACGCUUCCAUCUAGCAUUGGUGGUUUCUCAGGUUAUUGGUAUGGUACCAACGGCAUUGCAAAUGCUGAUCAGACAACUCCAGCGAUAUCAGAACAAGCUGAUGCUCUGUUGCCGCUUCCGCACUUACAUGCACCUCAACCGCGCUCAGCGAUACUUUCUCGCUCCGCUUCACCGCGCGUCCCGAUGAAUGGCAUUGGUAUGAGCUCAAUUGCUGGAGGGUUUGGUGAAUUUAGCGGGAUGAGUUCCAUGGGAAUGGGUACUGCGAUGAACUACAUGGGUAUGGGUCCCCGCGCGUCUCGUCAGUGGGCUCUAGGUCAGCUUGGACGACGAGCAAGUUCAACACAGCCGAUCUUGCAGCACCAGUUGGCGUCUGGUGUUUUUGCCGACCUUCAGUAUGGCGCUCAAAGCAACUUCCCACAUCCCGGAGCGCCUUUCGGACAAUAUUCCUUGCAAGGAUUCCAGCAAGGAGCCUCUGGGCCUUUCGACUUUGGAUCAGGUCACAAUCAGCAACAAAGUGCAUUCGACGGUUUUGUUGGUGCUGUUGCAGAGGGUUUCACAAACCCAUUCGCCUCUUCCAACCAACCGACAAGUGCCGCCGUGUCUAAUGCAGACCCAGCUCCUACACCCGCUCCAGGCUCAUAUCCUACUCCACUUGCACCAAACGCGAUGUGGUAUCAAGUGGAUUCUGUCGAUCCAAUGACUCCGGUCCAGCAGCAGCCGCAUUCGCAAGGUUCGGAAACGUCAGGAUGUGCUCAAGCCCUUCCUCCGGUUGACACUGGGGUGUUGAACCCGGCAUUUGACUUUGGCAAGACUGCACAGGGCAGUUCCGACCUAUCCGGGUCCGGAGCUUCUGUAGACGUACCUUCUUCUCCUAAGUCGGCGUCGGCGUCUGCACCUCAUAGUGCAAUGCGGGCACACUUUGGUCCGACGUCUGCACCCGUGCAAAGUUCUAACUCGGCUCCCGGAACUGGAAUGCGCGAUUCAUUCGACUUCAGCGCGUUCAAUGCCUUCUUUUCUCAGAACUCGGCCCACCAUCAGCAUCAGCAUCAAGUUCAGAACCAGACUCAACCGCAGGACUUGCAAGGCUUCGAAAACGUCGCUCAACCCACUAUGUCCUCCAGUGCGAACGGAUUUUCGAUUGUACAGCCGGUGCCGGUUCGCAAGGUGGGCUUACCCCGUGUCCCUGAGACGCAUUCGGGUACAUCGCAUCAUCAAGAGCAGGCGUAUCCUCAGCACGGUAGCUAUCAAGAACACUAUGUUCCAGAUCAGGCGCAGCCAUAUUCUCAAGAACAGGUCGCUAGCUAUCAGGAGCAUACUCAAUACCAAGCAAGUCAACAGAGCUCUAACGGGAGUUCUGGAAGUAACACGGACGCAAGUCCUGCAAGUGGCCUAGUUGCAAUGGCGCCUCGGUCUCAACACCACUCGCAGCACCAGCAACACGGCAUUGAAAUCGUCUCCGGUCAUGAGCUUCUUGAUGGACCGGUGGACGUCAACGCACUGUCAUCUGCUCAUCAUAAUUCCAAUCUUCCUCAACAAGUACAGACGCAAGGAGAUGGUUCAUGUGCUUCGGAUACUGAUGCUACUAGUUAUGGUUAUGAUUUCAACGGGGUGGCCUCGCUCGAGGCGCAGAACGUGUACCAGAUGCACAUGGGCAUCGAUGCGGAUAUGGGCAACAGUUAUGGCGGUUAUGCAUGUGACACGCAGUCUUCGCAGGCCCAAGAUGGCAGUACCGGCAAUGGUUCCACCGAACAUGCCGGGGGACCGCGGUUCUCCUUCAGCGACUUCGUGCAUGGAUCACCGUUCGUCUCUGCGACCUCUGUUGCAAACUGAGCGUCCGCGUACGUCUCGGAAUUCUUUUGAUACUGGACAUCAUAAAAUUCGUGCAUUUACUGUUCUAGAUAUGUUCAACUUAUCCGUCCAACCCAGCUUCGGUAACCUACACGCAUUUUUAACACAAUUCAUUUCUUGCCCUCACUCGGUCUCUUUGCGCUCAUACUCUUCUAACUCAACUACCCAUUUUCGCUUCUUGCUUCUGCUCUCAUCAUGCUUGGAUCCUAAUCCAUAUACACUGAUCUCUAAGCUUUGUUGUUGUUACCCGUGUCGUCUUGUCUCAACUGUAGCAUUACUUGACCCCGUUGUUGUCUUCCGCAUCGAUGUCAUCGAUCCUGUUUAACUUGUUUUGUCGGUCUUUUCUUCGUGCUGGAAGUACUCCUCUUGUUGUCUGUCUGUUUCUUGUCUCGUACAACCCUGAUGUAGC